AAGCUGGAAUAAGUCUCCUCAUAAACUCGGAUCCUCCCUGGAAUCUAAAGCCUCCUCAGCCUUCUGAGUCAGCCUGAGAGGGACAGACAGAACUGCUGUACGGGCUCUGUGCAAUAAAGAGUGGCUUCCAUACAUCAAGUUCUGUUCAGUCAACUGGAAGAAAAGAUGGGAAACGAAAAGCUGAAGAAAUGCAUCCCUUUAUUUUUGAAUGAUGAGAUUACACUUUUUGGUACCCAUCUUGGUUUUUAAAGAGGAUGUGAACUCCUAGAACCUAAGGAUAUACUACUACGUACGCACGUUGACUAGUGUGUUGGACAAAGUCACUAAUGAGGAAAGGCACUGACUGUGGUUGACAGUGGAAGUUUGAGUCCUUGGAAGAGUGGAGAUAAUUGUGGGGAGAGCCCUAUAUGGGCUACCAGUGUGACCUCACCCUCUCCAGUGCCCCCUUCUCGGUGCCAGCUAUGACUUCCUGCAACUUCACACAUGCCACCUUUGUGCUUAUUGGUAUCCCAGGACUUGAAGAAGCCCAUUUCUGGAUCGGUUUCCCCCUAUUUUCCAUGUAUGCUGUGGCAGUGUUUGGAAACUGCAUCGUGGUCUUUAUCAUAAGGAUGGAGCGCACCCUACAUGCUCCCAUGUACCUCUUUCUCUGCAUGCUGGCAGCCAUCGACCUGGCCUUGUCCACAGCCACCAUGCCCAAGAUCCUCGCCCUCUUCUGGUUUGAUUCCCGGGAGAUUACCUUUGAUGCCUGCAUUGCCCAGAUGUUCUUUAUUCACUCUCUCUCAGCCAUUGAGUCUACCAUCCUGCUGGCUAUGGCCUUUGACCGUUAUAUAGCCAUCUGCCACCCAUUGCGGCAUGCUGCAGUGCUCAACAAUACAGUGACAGCCCAGAUUGGCAUGGUGGCCGUGGUCCGUGGAUCCCUCUUCUUUAUCCCACUGCCUCUGCUCAUCAAGCGGCUGGCCUUCUGCCACUCCAAUGUGCUCUCACACUCCUACUGUGUACACCAGGAUGUGAUGAAGUUGGCCUAUGCAGACACGUUGCCCAAUGUGAUCUAUGGUCUUACUGCCAUUCUGCUGAUCAUGGGUGUGGAUGUCCUGUUCAUCUCCUUGUCCUAUGUUCUGAUUAUACGAACAGUUCUACAACUGCCUUCCAAGUCAGAGCGGGCCAAGGCCUUUGGAAACUGUGUGUCGCACAUCAGUGUGGUACUGGCCUUCUAUGUGCCUCUCAUUGGCCUCUCAGUGGUCCACCGUUUUGGAAACAGCCUUGAUCCCAUUGUGCAUGUUCUCAUGGGUGAUGUCUAUCUACUUUUGCCCCCUGUGAUCAAUCCUAUCAUCUAUGGUGCCAGAACCAAACAGAUCAGAACACGGGUGUUAGCCAUGCUCAAGAUCAACUGUGACAAGAAUCUUCAGGCUGUGGGAGGCAGGUGACCCUUACCACCCCGCUUUCCCUUAUCCUUAAUGAUUUGAUGUAAUGAUUUCCUAAUGCUAGCUUAAUUCCAGUUUCCUAUAAGCAUAUCAAUGCUUUUCUCUAGUUUGACAUCCAAAUUCUGCCUCAGCUUGGGGUGAGAUUUGGGGAGGUAUCGUAAUUCCCUUCCAUAGGUCAAAAUGUUAUUGAUAUCCUUAUUAUAUAAAAAGUCUAUAUUAGAAAAUCCACCACUGCAUCAAUAAGUAGUAAAAGAACAUAAAAAGGAGUGACAAAAAAUACCAUUGGCUUUGAAAUAGGGAAAAAUUAUUCCAUAUAACUAGUAAUCCACGAAAAUUAUAUUGAAACAAUAAUUAGGCAGCAUUUUGUCAGUCAAAUUAGCAGUUUUAUUACUUAAAAUUAACAAUGAAAAAGGAGAUUGUGUUGAAAUGUAUAUUUUUGAACAUCACAGCUGAAGGUAUGUUGGCAAUAUGUAGGAAGCUCUUUUUUAAAGUUAUAUGUUUCAAUGUUGAAAUCUCACUUUUGAAAAUGUAUUCUAAUACAAUAUCCCUAAGUGCAGAAAACAGGUUUUUCACAAAAUAUAUUAGUUAAUUAUACCACUAUUUAGAGUAAUCACAUAUUAGCAAUCCUAUGGCAUAAUAUGUAAAAGUAAGAA